AUGACCUGCGCUGCUACCUCUGUCUCUUCUGUCUGUCAAAGCCUCAACAACCUGCGCUGCUGCCGCUGCCUCUUCUGGCUGUCAAAGCCUCGACGACCUGCGCUGCUGCCGCAGCCCCUUCUGGCUGUCAAAGCCUCGAAGACCUGUGCUGCUACCUCUGUCUCUUCUGGGUGUCAAAGCCUUGACGACCUGCGCUGCUGCCACUGCCCAUUCUGGCUGUCAAAGCCUCAACGACUUGCGCUGCUGCCCCUGCCUCUUCUGGCUGUCAAAGCCUCGAUGACCUGCUAUGCUGCCACUGCCCCUUCCGGCUGUCAAAGCCUCGACGACCUGCGCUGCUGCCGCUGUCUCUUCUGGCUGUCAAAGCCUCAACAACCUGCGCUGCUGCCACUGCCCCUUCUGGCUGUCAAAGCCUCGACGACCUACGCUGCUGCCGCUGCCCCUUCUGGCUGUCAAAGCCUCAACGACCUGCGCUGCUGCAGCAGCCCCUUCUGGCUGUCAAAGCCUCAACGACCUGCGCUGCUGCCACAGCCUCUUCUGGCUGUCAAAGCUUCGAUGACUUGCGGUGCUCCCCCUGCCCCUUCUGGCUGUCAAAGCCUCAACGACCUGCGCUGCUGCCGCAGCCACUUCUAG